AUGCACUUCACCACCACCACCCUCACCGCCCUCCUCCCCCUCCUCGCCAUGGGCGCCCCAACUACCCCCCGCGACACCAUCUCCAUGGCUGCCGAUGGCGCACAGUGGACGAUCCAGUCGAUGCAGCGGGUCUGCAACGCCGCCGACACGUCGUGCAAGUGGACCUUCGGCAUCAACACCAACACGGCUGGCGCCGCGACCACGCCGUGCGCGUUCGUCGUCGCGGCCGCCGCCGGCGUCGCCGCGAGCCGGGCGCCCGAGACGGGGGCGCAGUGCGGCGGGUUCCAGGUCACGAGCGGGUGGAGCGGGCAGUUCGGCGAGGGCAACGGGUUCACGACCCUCAGCGUCGUCGACACCGCCAAGAGGCUGAUCGCCUGGCCGGCGUACAGCGAUGCGGAUCUUGCGGGCGGGAAGGUCGUGGUGCCGGAUCGGAGCUUUGCGGUGCAGAAGUUGCCUUGA